ACGCACUCCAUCCUUCCGCACACUCUGGUAACGCCCCCUCCUUCUUCCGGAUUUCCUAGCGUGACCGACGUUUCGUGUCUGUUUAGACUUAAAAAAUGCGUUACGUGGCCGCUUACCUCCUGGCUGUGCUCGGUGGAAACACCAGCCCCUCUGCAAAGGACAUCAAGGCCAUCUUGGGCAGCGUAGGAAUUGAGGCCGAUGACGAACGCUUGAACAAGGUCAUUAGUGAGCUGAAUGGAAAAGACAUCAAUGAAGUCAUGAACUCAGGCCUCUCAAAGUUAGCCUCUGUACCAGCAGGUGGUGCUGUGGCGGCUCCAGCCGCUGCUGCAGCUGGAGCCGGUGGAGCUGGGGCUGCGCCUGCUGCUGCGGAAGAGAAAAAGGAAGAGAAGAAAGAGGAAUCAGAAGAGUCAGAUGAAGAUAUGGGUUUUGGACUCUUUGAUUAAUCUGUCUUCUCCGUGUACAAAAAGCAAUAAAAAUGUAAAAGGUU